GGAGGUGAACCAGAAGCUCCGGAGAGAUGGGCGUGAUGAGUUCAGGGAUUGUCUAGGGAUGGACCCACAAAAUUAUCAACACCUGACGGAGUCACAGGAGUCUACUAUGCAACUGCAUACUGGAUGCCUGCUGAAAUGACAGUAGAAGUCAAAAAUAUAAUGGACAAGAAUGGGGACGCCUAUGGCUUUUACAAUAACUCUGUGGAAACCACAGGCUGGGGCAUCCUGGAGAUCAGAGCUGGCUAUGGCUCUCAAGCCUUGAGCAAUGAGAUCACCAUGUUUGUGGCUGGCUUUUUGGAGGGUUACCUCACUGCCCCGCACAUGAAUGACCACUACACAAACCUUUACCCGCAGCUGAUCAGGAAACCUUCCAUCAUGGAUGAAGUGCAGGAUUUUAUGGAGAAGCAAGAUAAGUGGACCCGGAAAAAUAUCAAAGCAUACAAGGAUGACUCAUUUUGGAGACACACAGGCUAUGUGAUGGCACAAAUAGAUGGUCUUUACGUAGGAGCAAAGAGGAGGGCCAUCUUAGAAGGGACAAAGCCAAUGACCCUGUUCCAGAUUCAGUUCCUGAAUGCUGUUGGAGAUUUAUUGGAUCUGAUUCCCUCACUCUCUCCCACAAAAAACAGCAGCCUAAAGUUUUUUAAGAGAUGGGACAUGGGACAUUGCUCCGCUCUUAUUAAGGUUCUUCCUGGGUUUGAGAACAUCCUUUUUGCUCACUCAAGCUGGUACACGUACGCAGCCAUGCUCAGGAUAUAUAAACACUGGGACUUCAACAUCAAAGAUAAAGAUACCAGCAGUAGUCGCCUCUCUUUCAGCAGUUACCCAGGGUUUUUGGAGUCUCUGGAUGACUUUUACAUUCUUAGCAGUGGAUUGAUACUGCUGCAGACCACAAACAGUGUGUAUAAUAAAACCCUGCUAAAGCAGAUAAUACCCGAGUCUCUCCUGGCAUGGCAAAGAGUCCGUGUGGCCAAUAUGAUGGCAGAUAGUGGCAAGAGGUGGGCAGACAUCUUUUCAAAAUACAACUCUGGCACCUAUAACAAUCAAUACAUGGUUCUGGACCUGAAGAAGGUAAAGCUGAACCACAGCCUUGACAAAGGCACUCUGUACAUUGUGGAGCAAAUUCCUACAUAUGUAGAAUAUUCCGAACAAACUGAUGUUCUACGGAGAGGAUAUUGGCCCUCCUACAAUAUUCCUUUCCAUGAAAAGAUCUACAACUGGAGUGGCUAUCCACUGUUAGUUCAGAAGCUGGGCUUGGACUACUCUUAUGAUUUAGCGCCACGAGCCAAAAUCUUCCGGCGUGACCAAGGGAAAGUGACUGAUGUGGCAUCCAUGAAAUAUAUCAUGCGAUACAACAAUUAUAAGAAGGAUCCUUACAGUAAGGGUGACCCCUGUAAUACCAUCUGCUGCCGUGAGGACCUGAACUCACCUAACCCAAGUCCCGGAGGUUGUUAUGACACGAAGGUGGCAGAUAUCUACCUAGCAUCUCAGUACACAUCCUAUGCCAUAAGUGGCCCCACAGUACAAGGUGGCCUCCCUGUUUUUCGCUGGAACCGUUUCAACAAAACUCUACAUCAGGGCAUGCCAGAGGUCUACAACUUUGAUUUUAUUACCAUGAAACCAAUUUUGAAACGUGACAUGAAAUGAAGGAGGGAGAUGACAGACUAGAAGGCUGUAAAUAAGAAACCAAAGGCACUAUUUUAGCUAUGUUUUUCCCAUCAGAAUUAUGCAAUAAAAUAUAUUAAAUUCAUUUGUCACUUUC